AUGGAGGGCUCUGGCCCUGAUUCACCCCCUGAGCCAGACGACAAUCCGCUGACCAAGCGAGACCUUCAGGCACUCCUGUUGGAUGCCACGGCGGACAUCAAAGCCCACACGGCGACUGAGCUGGAGAGGCACGUCCGUGCUUUGAAGACCGACAUAGAGGCCCUGUCCCGCCGCACUCAUCAGGCGGAGACCCGUCUGACAGUCCUAGCGGAGACCUCCAGCUCUCACUCCCAAGAUCUCACUUACCUGCACGGUAAAAUCGCGACUCUGGAGGAGGAGCUGGAGGAUCUGAAUAACCGUUCACGGCGCAACAAUAUUCGGGUCCGGGGGCUCCCAGAGACGGUGACACACGAAGCCCUACACAGCACCAUCACCGACCUUUUCGGCUCCCUGCUACCUGAGGCAUCGGAGGGGGACCUGGCAAUGGACCGAGUGCACCGGGCCCUCAGAGCACCAACCUUGAAUCCGGAUACCCCGAGAGACGUCAUCGCCCACAUGCACCGGUUCCCUAUAAAGGAACAGCUCUUGCAAAAAGCGCGGCAACAUCCGCCAUCCUACCGGAACCGAAAUCUGGCCUUCUUUCACGACUUGGCACCCUCAACCCUUAAGAAGAGGAGAGACCUCCGGCAACUCACAACCACACUUGCCCAUUAUGGCAUUAAAUACAUGUGGGGUCAUCCGUUCAAGUCGGUGGUCCGUAAAGAUGAUCAGACCUUCAUAUUGAGCAGCGCUUCGGAGAUGGCCCCCUUCGCGGCUUCCCUGGGUCUAGAGCUUUUACCACCACCCGUGCAGAGGAUGGCGGGAAUGGGGAGAGGACCGGGAUCCGCGGCAGACGGAGCAGACAACGGGCCGCGACGCACACCGAGGAAGAGGAUGUCGGAGGUGGAGCGGAGCCCCAGAAGACAACCACGGCAAAUGCAGAAUUAG